AUGGCAGUUAGCAUUGGUGGUGUCAUAUCACUAGUAGUGUUUUAUCUGCUCAUAUUGGCUUUUGGUAUCUGGGCAGCAUGGAGAAAUAAGAGAGGUAAAAAGGCUGAUAGUGAAGAUACGAUGCUUGCAGGGAGAAGUAUUGGAUUAUUUGUUGGAGUGUUUACCAUGACAGCUACAUGGGUUGGAGGUGGUUAUAUUAAUGGAUCUGCUGAAAUUGUUGCUGAUUAUGGAUUGUGGUGGUGUCAGGCUCCUGUAGGAUAUACUAUAGCACUCUGUCUAGGAGGGUUGUUUUUUGCAUCUGAACUGAGAACAAAAGAAUAUGCCACCAUGUUGGACCCUUAUCAAAGAAAGUAUGGUGAAGUGAUGGCGGCGAUACUGUUUAUACCUGCUUUAUUAGGGGAAACAUUUUGGUCUGCAGCCAUAUUAAACGCAUUGGGAGGAUCUCUAUCAGUAAUAUUAGAAUUGGAUUCUAAAAUAGCGGUUAUUGUGUCGGCGGCUGUUGCUUUAUUAUACACCUUAGUUGGGGGAUUAUACUCUGUAGCUUACACAGAUGUCUUACAGCUUAUUUGUAUGUUCCUAGGAUUGUGGCUUUCUGUCCCAUUUGCAUUAACACAUGAUGCAGUUGAAUCCAUAUCAAUUAAUGUUACAUCUGUUUGGAUAGAACCUGUUGAAGCAUCUCAAUCUGGUAUAUAUAUAGAUGGUUUUCUUUUACUUAUAUUUGGUGGAAUACCAUGGCAGGUGUAUUUUCAAAGAGUAUUGUCAGCAAGAACAGUAAAUAUUGCAAGAGGUUUAUCAUUUGCUGGAGCGUUGGGCUGUUGUAUUAUGGUAAUUCCUGCUAUUUUAAUUGGUGCUGCUGGUGCUGCUGCUGAUUGGAAUAAAACCGAUUAUCCAUAUCCGGAAACAGUAGAAACAAACUAUAACAUUAUUCUACCAUUAGUGUUGAGGUAUUUGUGUCCAGAAUGGGUUGGAAUUAUCGCCCUGGGAGCUGUAUCUGCUGCAGUAAUGUCCUCAACAGAUUCGUCAUUUUUAUCCGCAAGCUCAAUGUUUGCACGAAAUGUAUUUGGAGAUCUUUUUACAAAAUUUCCAAGGGAAGCAGUCAUAUUAUGGGUCAUGAGAGGUGCCCAAGUAGUUAUUGCAGUCACAGCGGCCGCUCUGGCUAUAGAAAUACAAUCGGUUUAUUAUCUUUUUUAUCUUUGUUCAGAUUUAGUUUAUGUUAUUUUAUUCCCCCAAUUAACUUUGGUAAUCUACUUCCAAUAUUCUAAUACAUAUGGUUCAAUAAUGGGUUUUAUUUUAGGUUUCGUGUUUCGUAUAUUAGGUGGUGAACCAACUCUAGGUUUACAACCAGUACUUGAGUAUCCAUGGUAUGAUCCAGAAGCUGGACAGUUGUUUCCUUUCAAAACUUUAAGCAUGUUAAUAUCACUUGUAACUAUUAUGCUUGUCUCACUAUUUACACAUUGUUUAUUUGUUAAGUGUGAUUUAUCUAGAAAAUUUGAUAUUUUCAAAUGCUUUGAGGAAAAUGGUGAUUUUAGUUAUACAUUUCCCGAAGGAAAGGACAACCCAGUUUUUGAUGGAGGUUCUAAAAAUUCCAUCGUAGAAAAAUAUGAAUUAAAACCAGAGAAAAUACCAGACACAGACAAUUGA